GUCUCUAGCGUGUCGCCUUUCUCUCUUAUUUUCUCUUCAACAAUCAUUCCACUUCAUCACUUCUUCAAGCAAACUUCAUCAUCCAGUCUUCUGCAGACAAUCCGGUAAAAUGCUGGUGCUCUCCAGCUUCAAGAGCACCCACUCGCUCAGACACAGAAGGAUGAGGUGGGUGUCAAACAAGAGUGAGAAAAGAGCAACAACUUCAAGCUUAUGGCUGUGAUCUAGUCCUAUCUAUACCCAUGAUCAUCUCUCUCUGAGUUGGGCCUCAUGCUUUCCUGCCUUUAUCCGACCUGUGGAUUACAGCCUUGCGCCUGCGCAUCAACUCCUCUUGCGAAUACUAGCACAACCCUUCUUAUGCAAUCGACAGCUCCUCUCCUUGGUCUGUUUGCCAAAUUGCUGCUUCCACGCCUUCCAGUCCUCAACGAUGGGAUUCGGGUCCGCCCCUUCCUCGAAUUCCCCCCUACAAGGCAGCUCUUCCGCUGUCAAUAACGAAGCUUCAACCUCAACCUCGUUCUGUGUUUGCAGCUGUCUUAUGGGCGGUGUGAGCGUAAUGUAUUGCGGCUGAGGUUGAAACGACGAAUCUGCCGGCGUCGAUCUUGCCGUCGAGAGAUAUGUUCGAAUCGCAUCGCCCAGCCGGAAAUGGCGGCCUGCACCGUGUGGUACGGCCAUGGUCGUGUCAAGGCACAGCGACAUCAUGAACACCAAUACCAACAGAUGUGGCAUUGCCGAGGACUUGAAUAUCGUCGUCCUCAUUCUGGUUGCAAAUUUGAUUCUUCUCAAGAGUGGCUGAAUCUCUUCCCACCACACUUAUCGAGCUCAAAUGUCUGCCUUGCCCGACACUGCCACUAUUACUGUCCUGGUAGCUGGUUCGUCGUUGCUGUCUGAUAUUUCAGGACCGAAUUGUCCUUCACCGGUUACGUACGGUAUCUGGAUGAUUUCCGGUUAUUUUGGAUCGAGAUGAAUUUCACGACUUGCUAAAAGAGCGGCAGACAACCUUGAUGCCUAUUGAAAAAGGAGUGACUGAGAGCCCAAAGGCACACGCAGACGAAGAAGUUAUUAGAGCAAAAGAGAAGGUCCUUCCAACCUCCCUCGCCAGGAGCAAGAUGGCUGGCGUCUCCAACCUUAUCCUCCUUGUCCAAGAUAGGGACUUUUGACACAUUUGACAGCAGAAGGGGCGGUUCACGGUCCGUGUCGAUCACGGAUUUAGAAUCUGCCACACUCCUGCGUCGUCAUCAGCAAUUGUUUCAGCAAGUGGAGAGAGCAUUCAAUCUCCUGAAUAUCGACGUCGUUGUUGCGUCUACUGAGACAUUGUUUUCGGCCUUGAUUGAAAGGAUCGAUCGUGCCGGGCGCAUGUAAGGGGUUCGGGGAGAGCAUCAGGCAGCAAUCAUGAUCACUGCCUACUGCUCGCCAUGGCUUUUUUCUUUGUCUUGAACGGCUUGUAGGGCUUUCCUCCGAUCGUCAUCACUACUUGCGCUUCCUAUGAAUUUUGAGCGCCGUCAUUGUCACGAUUGCGGUCGUAUCCCUUCGCCCCGGCGUACGAUAUCGGAUACGUUGUUGAUUGAAUCUUUUAAGCUUACAGGUGUCCCCCAGCACGUCGCUCCUCCAAUAUUGAAAGUUCCUUUCGGACAGGGAACAACGGAGUCGAACCGCAAAUGAGUCACAGCGCAUGGAUGCUUAGGUACGAAGACGAACUGCAACAAGCAGAGGCCGAUUCUAACUUAAUUGCGUCGUAUGCGCCGCUAUAAUGAGGCUGAGCCAAGAUGAACUUGAAGUCAUGGAGAUCACUCAGCAGAGUCAGGCGGAAUGUGCUACGACCUCGAUGCAUGUCACAUGGGUCUCCGGGAACACUCAAGAUCAACACCACAUGGCUGCCGCCUAAUUCUCUGAAGCGGGUUUGAAUGGCAGAGAGAAGUUUGUGCCUGCAGGUCCGGUGGUAGCGAUCGGCAAUUCUUUUCUGGGCAAGGCGGGCUUCGUAUCAUCGAGAGCGAGCUACCGUAUGCUUUGCCCAAGUCCAGUCGGAGCGCUGCAUAGACCCAUUUUCGGUUAGCGCAAGAGCUCAUCAUAGCCCAACCCGACAAGGCUGAGGAGCUUUGGAUGCUUUCUCCCAGUCCAACAUUCCAAGUAUAGCAUUCAGUCCGUUAUUCAUCAAUACAACACGACCGGCUAUGGCGCGACUAUGACAUCGUAAGUCGGGCCAAAAUACGGUGUGGUAUUCCUCAAGUAUGCACGUCGUUUUCGUCGCUUGCUUGCUCCUCGCAAUUGGAGCAUAUAAAGAAUGCCUGAAGUCGUUCUGCCGCUGAACUGGAGAUCUGUGAGAGACAACGUCUGACCUUCUUCUUCUUCAGCGCUCAAGCCAUCAUCAUGCAUCUUUCCAGCCAUCUAGCUCUCCUCCCUUCAUUGUGCGUCUUGAUCACAGGGACUCUAGGCGGCUUCGCUGGACCUACCUAUCCAGCACCUCUCGACCUGUCCAGCAAUGCAAGUCUUGUUGCAGAGAGUUGGAAGAAACUCUCGUCCACACUCGAUUCUUACCUCAAGAACACAUCCAGAGGCCCUAGUAGCACCUCAGCAUCUCUGUCCGCCGCCGAAGUCGGAAAUGUCACCUUCUCCGUCAGCAUGUUCUCAAUUCACGACCCAGCAGCUUCGAAGCUGCAAUACCAUCAUGCCUCUCCCAAGAUCGCGAACGCGUCUCACGGAACACACAGCGUCGACGGAGACAGCAUCUACCGCAUUGCCAGCAUGACCAAGCUUUUCACCGUGCUUGGUGGCCUGCGGACGAUGACCGACGAAGAUUGGAAUCGACCACUUACCACCAUCAUUCCUGAACUUGCCAAUUUCGCCGCCACAGCAGGUUCAGACGCAGACCUGGUGUACAAGAGCGCAUGGGACCAGAUCACACCAUGGGCGCUGGCGUGCCAAAUCGCCGGCAUUGCACGCCAGGGAAUUGCAGCUGCCGAUCUUCUGUACGCAGUGGUACUCAAUCCAAGCAGCGCAGACAUCCUAGCGACACAGUACGGUCUACCGCCCGCCAACGUCAGCGACCUAGGCUCUUGCCUCGACCUCAACUGCACCGCAUCCUCGUACGUUGAAGGGAUCAUGGCCCAACCGCCCGUCCUCGAGCCAUGGACCAGUCCAGCGUACGCCAACAACGGCUUCAUCCUGCUCGGUAUCGUCAUCUCGAAACUCACGGGCCAGCCCAUGUCCCAGAUCUACCAGUCCAUCUUCGAUAACCUGGACAUGAGAUCCUCCUACUCCAGCGCGCCGACAAAAGCGUCCGACCUCGCCCGCUCCGUCAUCGCAGGCGACCCGGCAUUGGGCUUUGCGGCGGCCAAUGGCAUCGCCAUCGCGUCGGGCGGCCUCUUCUCGACGACCCACGACCUGGCCAGAUUCGGUACUGCCAUCCUGAAUUCCACCCUCCUCCCCGCCAACGCGACGCGCAAGUGGAUGAAACCGACCAGCCACACGGCGAGCUUGACCUACGCCGUCGGCGCGCCGUGGGAAAUUGUCCGGUACAUCCACCCUGCCGGAACCCUCAGCCCCAGCGCCGGCAAAGUCACAGACCUAUACACCAAGUCCGGCGACUCGGGCUACUACAGCAGCAACAUGGUCCUGAUCCCCGAGUACGGCGCAGGAUUCACCAUACUCGCCGCGAGCACCAACGAGACCGUGCGCGGCAGCGCCACGAACGUGGUUCUCGACUACGUGACCAACGCCGUCUUGCCCGCUCUCGAAGCUCAAGCCGCACAGGAAGCGAGGCGCAACUUCGUCGGUACAUACAAGUACACGUCGACGUCGCAACCCAACAAUGCGACGAUCGCCUUCAAUUCGAGCCUGACCAUCGCCUUCAACAAGUCCACCGUGAUCGGAGCGCUUAACGGAGGACUCAGCAUCUCCCGCUGGAUAUCCAACGGCACCGACAUGCUCGCGUCGCCCCUGUUCGGAGGCAUUCGACCACGCUUGAUGCCCAGCAUAUCCGCGCGCGGCUCCGGCGGCAGUGGUCCUGCUGCACGCUCGCAGGUUGCAUUCCAGGCUUCCAUCUAUCCGCAGACAAAUAGCUACACCGCUGCCGCCGCAGCAGGCGUGUCCGGAGUCAUAGGCCCUUUCACAGGGCAAUGGAACACGAAUUUCGAUUGGCUGACCGUCGAUGCCACGCACUAUGAUGGCGUCGGAGUGAAUUUGUUUGUCUUUGACCUUGAUGCACAAGGCUCCGCGACAGGAGUGACUCCGGCUGCGAUGAAGGUAAACCUGGAGAGAACAUGAUUAUUUUAGCGGUGACAUGGUGUGCGCGAUCAUAGGUGUCAAAUCCUUGGUUCAAGGUACUUAUGACAUAUGACGGGACAAAUAAAUGCACCAUGAUGGCACUUUCGGCCUAAAUAAAUUAUCGCCAAGGAAUUCUCAUGGGAGUACAAUAACAUGCCCUCAACAGACAUCACUUCAUUUGAGGCUCUCCUACCUCGUUUGCAG